GUUUCCGGUUUUGUGAUGACGCUUCUAUGCACACGGUCUGGUCGAAGUGCUCGUGGUGGUGUUGUGUGCAGAAUCGCCCUAGAACGCGCUUACUGUCGAGCGCGGCGCGCGUGUGGACUCCCGGAUGCCAGUAUGAUUGGCUGGUGGCCACACCUCUUUCCAGUGAUGUCACUGACAUUGCUGUGGGCAUGUUCACUGAGCGCAGGUUCAGAUUGCAAGUCCAUGGCCACUGAGACUGAUGUUCAGAUGGCAGAACAGGCACAACAGCGCCACUUACAUGCUCUGUUUGCCAAGUACGGGCAAAAUGGUAGUAUCUCCUUAGAAGGCCUGUUCAACCUCCUAAAGGGGGUGGGGCUGGACCGCAUCAGAAAAGUGAUGGUGCAUCACCAUGGCAACGGACAUAAUCAUACGCAUGAGCAAGAUCACACGCAUGUUCACGUGGACAAACUCACCACACACACACAUCCUGUCACCAGAAAGAAGGAGGAUAUUGACCAUAAUGUUGAAAAGAGUGACCCCGUCCCAAAAGCGCAGCCUGAUCCCGCCUCUGGGAAGAAAAGCCACUUGGAUGCUCAUCACAAUCUCUACAUGAAGAUGAAUCAGGACUUGACCACAACUUUGACAACGCCGUCCUACGUCACAAAAUCACGGCGGAACAAUCGUAGUGCUGACUAUGAUUUAACGCAGGACCACGCCCCAAUUAACUCCACCCAGAGCACUGUAACACAGUCUAACCACACCCACCAGACUGAGGACACACCUGGCCAUACACACGAUGAGCAUGAUCAGCAUGUACUAGACCAUACAAGCCAAGCGUGUCAAAAUGCCUCCACAAUCCUGCAGUCACAUGGCAUGGCAAAGGAAAUGGUUCUCUCUGUCAAGGACUUCAGUUACCUGUGCCCUGCCCUUCUCAUGCAGAUUGAUUCCAAUUCUUGCCUCCUGCACGCUGAGGACCAUUCAGAUAAUUCCCAUCAUCACAACCAACACCACCACCAUCAUCAUCACAAUCAUCAUCUGCAUAAUCACACUAACGGCAGAAGCCCAAGGAAUGCUUCGAUUAAAAUUGCUUGGGUAGGAGGGUUUCUCUCCAUUACUUUGAUCAGUUUACUGGCAUUAGUUGGUGUGGUUUUGAUCCCACUCAUGAACAGAGUUUGCUUCAAAUUCCUGCUGAGCUUCCUGGUAGCGCUUGCAGUGGGAACUCUCAGCGGAGAUGCUUUUCUCCACCUCAUACCACAUUCUCGGGGUCAUCACCAGCAUGGCCACUCCGAGCACCAUCACCAUGACGAAGAGGUGGAAGAGGAUUCCCUUCGGCCUGUGUGGACAGGGCUCACAGCUCUGAGUGGAGUCUACAUCAUGUUCCUCAUCGAACACUUCCUGACCCUCGGCAAAAUGUACAAAGACAAAAAACAGAAGGUGCAGAAGAGGGUUGAUCUCGCAACAGAAGUUUUGGAAUCUGAGAAACUGCCAUCAUUAGAAGACGAUAAUGUCAAAACAACUGACGCUGCUGAAACGAACGGUGGAAGCGCAUGUGGGCGGGGUGUUGCAGAGGAAGAGGAGGUGAUGUUGGGGGCGGAGCUCUACAGUGACAUGGAUUGUGAAAACAAAUGCCACUCCCACUUCCAUGACACUGUUGGCCAGUCAGAUGAGCAGCAUCAUCAUCACCAUGACUAUCACCACAUACUGCAUCACCACCACUCCCAGAACCACCACCCACACACACACACACACUCCUACUCGCUCCAGCACUUCCAGCAGGCUGGCGUGGCCACACUCGCCUGGAUGGUCAUCAUGGGAGAUGGACUUCACAACUUCAGUGACGGACUUGCCAUAGGGGCGGCAUUCACAGAAAGUUUGUCCAGUGGUCUAAGUACCUCAGUUGCGGUGUUCUGCCAUGAGCUUCCUCAUGAGCUUGGUGAUUUUGCGGUCUUGCUGAAGGCAGGUAUGUCAGUACGACAGGCCAUCCUGUAUAAUCUGCUCUCAGCCUUGAUGGGAUAUUUGGGCAUGAUCACAGGCAUUCUGAUCGGUCAUUAUGCUGAAAAUGUUGCCACGUGGAUCUUUGCUCUCACGGCUGGGUUAUUCUUGUACGUCGCUCUUGUGGACAUGGUACCUGAGAUGUUACACAAUGACGCAAACGAAGCAGGCUUCAGUCACUAUGGCUUCUUCCUCCUGCAGAAUGCUGGGAUACUCCUGGGCUUUGCCAUCAUGCUUAUCAUUGCUGUUUUUGAGCACAGGAUACAACUUCACAUUGGCUUCUGACCUGAGGACAUUUUUCCAUCACUCCUAAAAAUAUCACUCCUCAAAAACAUCUACUAACAUUGCUUUUUGACCCUAAAUUCUGCUAACCUGGUGUCCACCUGUUGAAAUGCUUGAGAUCUUAUUUAAUCUGUGAAAUGGCAGCACUUUAAUAUGCAUGAAUAAUUGUCAUCUUAUUUAUGGCUUGUAGAAGUAAAAAAGUAUUUAUGGGUGUUGACUGUUACAGUUUCAGUAUAAAAACAAAACUUGAGCCACACUGAGAAUGUGGAGAUGUUUUAUUUGUUUUUUACAGUGUUGUACAGUAGCUAUUAAAAUGAGUUACAUGUUCAUUUUUGCACAUGUUGUCCCUCUAACAUUCCAGUAAAGUACUGAGUGUCCCAUCA